AGAAGCAGCAGCCAGGCAAGAUGGCGGACCUGGGGAAGAAGUACUGCGUUAACUGCCUAGCAGAUGUCACCAACUUGCGGCUUCGCUGCACCGACUGCCCAGAUAUCGAGCUGUGCCCAGAGUGCUUCUCGGCGGGCGCCGAAAUCGGCAACCAUCGUAGAUGGCACGGCUACCAGCAGGUCGACGGCGGGCUUUUCUCACUGUGGGGUCCAGAGGCAGAGGGAGGAUGGACUAGCAGGGAAGAGCAGUCGCUGCUCGAUGCCAUCGAACAGUACGGCUUUGGAAACUGGGAGGACAUGGCUGCACACGUCGGACCAUCCCGAACGCCGCAGGAAGUCAUGGAGCAUUACGUCACCAUGUACAUUCACGGUAACCUUGGAAAAGCCUGCAUUCCCGACAGUAUUCCCAACAGAGUAACUGACCACACUUGCCCAAGCGGGGGCCCCCUAUCACCCAGCCUCACCACCCCGUUGCCCCCGUUGGACAUAAGCCUGGCUGAGCAGCAGCAGCUCGGAUACAUGCCUCUGCGUGACGACUACGAAAUCGAGUAUGACCAGGAUGCGGAGAAGCUCAUCAGCGGGCUGUCGGUUAACUACGAUGACGAGGAUGUGGAGAUCGAACUGAAACGUGCCCAUGUAGACAUGUAUGUGCGCAAGCUGAGGGAGAGGCAGCGGCGCAAGAACAUUGCCCGUGACUACAACUUGGUGCCUGGGUUCCUCGGCAGAGAUAAGAAAGACAAGGAGAAAGAGAAGCCUGGAGGGUUGCAAGUCUUAGGCGGUUCUGUCCCUACGGGUGGAUCGGGAGCGUGUAGCGCUGCAGUCGGACCGGCCUCCACGACAACGACGGGAUCCGUCCCUAUCCCGAGCACACCCAAAAGAAAGAUCACCAAGGAGGAGAAAGAGCAGCGAGUGAGGCUACGGGCGCUCUGCCAGUUCAUGGCCCAUCGAGAGUUUGAGGAGUUCUUCGAGAAUAUGCACAAGGAACGGGUGCUGAGGGCCAAGGUGCGCGAGUUGCAACGCUACCGCCGCAACGGCAUCACGCGCCUGGAGGAGUCCGCCGAGUACGAAGCCGCCCGUCACAAACGGGAGAAGCGCAAGGAGAACAAAAACGUGGUGGCCUCCAAACGCGGCGGGUCGGGAGGGGCCGGGCUCGGCUCUGGGUUGGGACUUGGCGGCGGCGGGGCAGGUGGUGGAGGCGGCGUCACGGUGGGGCUCGGGGUUGGAGGCGGGAUCAAGGAAGAAAGCAAAGAUGGAGAGUUUGCCGCCAUCGAGAACUUGACGGGGUUUGAGUUGCUGUCAGAUCGGGAGAAGGUGCUGUGCAACUCUCUUAACCUGAGCCCAACACGCUACCUGACUGUCAAAACCAUCAUCAUCAAAGACCACCUGCAGAAAAGGCAGGGCAUCCCGGCAAAAAGCCGACUGCCCGGCUACCUGGACAAGGUUCUCAAGAAGCGCAUUCUCACCUUCCUCACAGAGAGCGGCUGGAUAUCCAGAGACGCCUCGUAGCGAUCCGUCUCCGGUCGGUAAUCAAAAGCCGACGAUCGCUGGUAGCCAACUAGCUUCACACUCUGGAGGCUGGAUGGAACUACUGCCUCUGACCGACUACUUUUUCUACUUCUUCUUUUUUCACUUUGCGAAUAUGUACAAUUCAAAUAGAAAAGAUGCCCCACUGGAAUAAUAACUAUAUUUUCAUACAAGGUCUAGGAAGAAAAGUUAAAAAAAAAAAAAAAGAAAAAUGCUGGGCUCAAGAAUGUCCAGCACCUUUUGAGUUUACUAUUGUGUGCUUCCCGCUACAAUUCUUGAUGAAUAAAUUAUGGUAUUGUGCA